AUUCAUUAGCGUUAACUUUUUUAAUGCUUUUUUAUUAUUUCUCGAAUAUAUUAAGUGUAUAAUCUAUGAUUUAAGUUAUUUAGCCAAUCAGAGUGCACUUGGAUAUCUUUAUCUUUUAAAAUCACAGAUGUUGAAGAUAACAAAUUUUUGUGUUCCUGCUUUAUUUAAUACUAUCAUUUUAUAACCAUGGAUGACGAAGUUGUUUUGCUGCCAGCAAAAGCCGGUGAAUUUAUUGCUAGAUAUGCCAAGCAUGUACAGAUACAUGAAGAAGGAUUAGAUAAAGCAUGUAAAGAGAUACUCACGUCAAUUUCUACAAGUAAACUGGAAAUCCCUGAUGCAGGAACAGGUAUACAUCCUAAUGUUGAACACCCAAGGGCUGUGGACUGGGUGUUUGUUGCGGACACGUUAAACUUCUGUUUCUGGUCAUACAGUGGAGUUCUGAAAUGGACUGUUGGUGGACAUUCUGGGUAUUAUGCUUUGGAGGCUGCCCUUGAUAGAGCAAUUAAGGAAGGUUAUGAUAUAACAAACCCAGAAUACUAUUCGAAGAUAACUACAGAACAACUAGAAAUGAUAAUGAGAGGGGAUAAUGAAGCUAAAAUACCAUUGUUUACGGAAAGAAUGUCUGUGCUACAUGAAACUGGUGCGAUUUUACUUGAAAAAUACAAUGGAACUUUUACGACUUGUUUGAAAGAAGCUAACAAGUCAGCCUUGAAACUACUUGAGAUUAUUGUGAACAACUUCCCUUCGUUCAGAGACGAGGCUGUCUACAAAGGGCAAAAAUUAGGUAUUUACAAAAGAGCACAGAUUUUGGUGGCUGAUCUGUGGAAUUUCUUUGGUGGUAAAUCGUGGGGUGAGUUUGAGGAUAUUGACAAGAUCACUAUGUUCGCUGACUAUAGAGUGCCCCAGGUUUUAGUGUAUUUUGGAGCAUUGAGUUAUAGUGACGAGUUAAUGGAAAAAUUGAAAAACGAUAUACUACUGCAAAGUGGCUCAGAAGAAGAAAUAGAAAUACGCGGUUGUUCAAUCCACGCUAUAGAAUUAAUCAAGAAGAGAUUAGAGGAUGCAUUGAAGAAGACAGGUGGAGACAUAGAAUUACCGAAUUCAGGUUUAAUAGAUUACUAUUUAUGGUGCUACAGAAGGAAAUAUGCUGAUGAAAUGGAGAGUAUACCUUUUCAUAAAACUUUAGGUAUUUAUUACUAGUUUUUGUGAUACUUGAAAAGAGAUGAUUUAGCAGCAUUCAGAAACUUUUGGUCUACAUGUUACAUAAUGUUUAUGCUGCAAAACAAAAAGGUAAUGAUUGUAUCAAAUAAAAUAAAUUAGUUUAUUCGCUUUUACAGACAAACUCAUUGCUUACAUAACCUAGAUAGACCUAGAUAGACCUAGAUAGACCUAGAUAGACCUAGUCAUGUUAAUCACCAAUCAUCUUGUGGUGAGAUCAAAGACCCAAUUAUAUUGUAUGGCUCUUCAAAGUGAAUCACUAGAUUGCAUGGCGUCAGGUUUAAUGGUGGUUGGUACCAAACCGAGAGAGUUCGGCAUGGUCUGAUUUGUUUUUAAAGUAAAUAAUUCUUUGGUGCUAUGUAUUCAUUAGAUGUAAGUGGAAUUUAGAGUUCAGUGUUGGAAAUAUCUGUUUUAUUUAGGUAUGUAAAUUACAAGUAUUUCCUUGAUUGUUCCUAAACAUUUAUACUGCAGGCCAAAAUGAAAUAGCAUGAUUCUUUUAAAAAUUCGUGUUAUAAUACUAAUAAAUUUAAAUACAAUAAUGCAAAUGCCAAAAUUAGGGAAAUUGGAGAAUUGUUUAACGUGACCCCUGAAUACUUUUCCAUCGCACCGCAUUUUGCUUAUUGGGCUUUAGGAUUAUCAUCCAUGACUCUCAUUGAUAUUUCCAUCUUUUCCAACGAUCUUGAAUAGAGUUGUAAGCAGUAGGCACCACCUAAUUGCUGAUGUUUUUUUUCCUUAGAUUUGUGGACGAGCUCACAGCCCACCUGGUGUAAAAUGGUUACUGGAGCCUAUAGACAUCUACUACGUAAAUGCGCCACCCACCUUGAGAUAUAAGUUCUAAAUGUUCUAAUGUCUCAAGUUUAGUUACAAUGGCUGCCCCACCCUUCAAACCGAAACGCAUUACUGCUUCACGGCAGAAAUAGGCAGGGAGACGGUAUCUAUCCACGCGGAGUCACAAGAGGUCCUACCGGCAGUAAUUACGCAAAUUAUAAUUUUGCGGGUUUGAUUUUUAUUACACGAUGUUAUUCCGUGGUUAUUCACCGUGGAAGUCAAUCGUGAAUAUUUGUUAAGUACGUAUAUCAUUAGAAAAAUUGAUAGCCGCCUGCGGGAUUCGAAUACCGUUGCAUCGCUUAGCACGAAUGCACCGGACGUCUUAUCCUUUAGGCCACGACGACUUCAAAUGAUGACGGUGAUCACUCAACAUUAGAAUGGCCAUAUGCUAGUUUGCCUAUUAACGCAAUGAAAGAUUACAAGUAGUCUGAAUUUAUGCCACAAUAAAACGAAUUUUAUCAUUGUUGAAAUUUAACCCAAUAGAAUUAACUAAAGGACCUUUUUUGUAUACUUAUCUGCCAGUAGCCUUGAGGAGCGUGUGAGGAAUUCAGCCAUUAAGAGUGAGCCAGUGCCAGACAAUAUAAAAAAAAACAGGAAUACAUUUGUCGUUUCUAUUUAUUUACAACUUUGGCAUUAGCUUAAAUAUGAUCACUUAAAUAAAUGGAAAAAAUGUGAAAGAUUACAAAAUGGCACCAGUUAUAUACACCGUAACCUAAUAAUAAUUUAUGAAACAGAAUGUGAUUUUAUUAUAAAAAAAAUAAUAAUUGUCAAGAUUUUUUUAUGAUUGUUGCAAUUUUAAGUCUAAUAAACUUGAUCUUGACAAUUAAAUACGACCGCAUCAUCACUUUGAAACGCAAUGCUCAACUAUUUUAUUUCUCAAUCGUGCUGUUACUAAAAUUGUUAAUCAUUCGCCAAUAUGCUUAAUAUGUAUGACUAUUUGGGACAUAUGCCCAUAAGUCGUCUAAUCACCUUUUUUUUAAAUUAAAUCACAGUCUGUGCACAUUGUGACCAUCCGCAAUGAAAUAAUUGUAAUCAUGAAAAAUAAAAAGGCACCUAACACCCACACAGUAAUGAACUACAAAAUUUAUUUUGACAAACAAAUUGUAGUCGCGGAAUACCGUUGUAUAGACGAUUAACGCAAUGUACUUAAAAAUCACGCAGCAAUUCUAAUAUUAAUUAUAGUACUCGUCAGUCAGAACUGUCAGCUUUUAUAAACGUCAAGCCAAAAAUGUCAAUAAUAAUGAAAUUAAACAUGUAAUGUAAAAGCUAUUUCUGAAAUAAACUGUAUUUGUUAUGUA